UUUGAGGGAAAGAUGAUUCUUCCUUUACAAACUGUAAAUGGUGGUAUCUUUUGGUCUGUCUCAUCAUCAGCUGCUGCAGUUCCCUUAUCACCUUUAGCAUCAAACUCCUCCAUUUUGCUGCCUUUCCUAUCAAAAGUUGCCGCCGCCCUCCCUACUUCAACACUACAUGCUCGUUCAUCCUGUCUGCAAGCCGCUGUUGGUUCUCGUGAAUUGCAGUCUCAGGAUGAUGAUGUGGUCAAGAUACCCAGUACUUACAAGGAGGGACCAAUUCCCUUCACUAAUACAGAAUUUGAUCGAGAUUUUCCCCUCGAAGAAUUGAAGGGGAAUGCCGAAAGUAGAGGAGGAGGAAUUUCAGGAAUUCAAGUUCCUCGACCGAGAUAUAUCUCCAUUUCCAAGUCAAGACUUUUAGAUGCUAUCAUAUCCGAGCUAUUUGAGUCACAACUUGAGGCCGACCAGUUUGUUCAUCUAUCCAAACGCUUGGAUUCUGUCAUCCUUGCUGAACACAAACCCAUCUUAGAGGACAUGCGAGUCGACUAUGAUCUUACAAAUUCUAUGGAGAGCCAGGAAUCUGUUAAUCUACAGAGCACAUUUGAUUUGAGAAGAAAGAAAGCCUACACUCUUGGAAACCAAAAAGAAUUCGAGCUGGAUAGGAUCAAAGAAAGCAAAAUGGAUCCUCUGUUGGGUUCUUUUUCUGAUGCAGAUAGAACAAUUCCUCUUGAAAGAUUUGCUGUGCACACCCGUUUUCAGCGUGCUUUCGUGCAACUGCUUUCUAAUGCUGAAUUUGAAGAAUUAUCGGUCAGGGAUUUGUUGUUGACUACUUCAUUGAACACUGAUUACCUUCUUACUUUGCCAAUCUAUGUGGACUGGAAGAAGGCCGCUCAAUCAAAUGCGAUAAUAUACAGGCGAGGUUAUGCAACUGAGAGGCAAGAAGGUUUGCUAACUGGUGAAAAACUUGAUUACUUGCAGUCAAUGCUGUUACAGAGAAUUUUAUUUCUCAUAUCUAGACCACUGAAGAAAUUUGGUAUCUGCGUGUCUGAGGCUCUUAAAAGCAACAAACAAAUACAAGGUGAUGGAAUCUGGGCAGAGAAUUGGAAAAUCUGGUUAAAGAAAUUGUCCUUCCUGCAACAGUCAUAUUCCAAUAGCUUGUUCGAAUCCGAUAGUGAUCAAUCAGAAGCUGACCAAGUUGCAUCAUCAUCUAGUUAUCUUCCUCUUUGGUUAGCAGCUCAAAGAGCAGUAACUCGCUACGAAGGAAUUCUGUCAACAGUCGGCCCCCGUGGCAGGCUCUUGAAGAGGUUGCUUACAUGGAUUGGAAUUGCACCAUCAUCCGCGGAACAAGUCUUUGAUCCAGUGAUGGGAUCUGUUGAUGGUGACUCUCAAUCUUAUUCAAGUUUAUCAAGGCCAAUUUUCUUGUCAAGGAUAUCACUCAGUGAUAUAUGGCGACCUGCUUCUCUAAAAAGUUGUGGAGAUAAUUUCUGGAAAAUGUUGAAAACAUCGAUUACCAUUCUUGUCUCGAGAUCAACUCUCCAGGAGCCAGCAUUUAAAGAGUUAAUUCUGUUCUAUACAAAAAACACUGAUGGAGCAGAUGCUGACUUUCAAUCGGAGGUUCCUCCCUUGGAGUUGAAGAUUUAUGAGAAAAUUCCAAUACCAGAUUUACCAGUUAUUUUCCCUCACAAGAAGCUUUCUUUUCGGAUUCUUGACACGGUACGCUUGGAUGUGGCUACUAUUUUGGGACUUUUAGCAUACUUCAUAAACUAUAAGUUCGAGGAUAUUUUGUCUUCUCCAUCGGCGGUGCUUUUAGAUGUGAUUGCAGUUAGUGCACUUGCGAUUUAUAUGUUCCGGGUGGUAUUGGGUUACAAACAAACAUGGGACAGAUACCAACUUCUUGUUAAUAAGACACUUAAUGAGAAAACUGUCGCGAGUGGCUUUGGUUCUGUUCACUUCCUUUUGGAUGCAUCUCAGCAACAGCAAUACAAGGAAGCAAUUCUGGCAUAUGCAAUCCUAUUGAAAGUAGAGAAAUGUCAGAUGGCUUCUGCAAGGAGUGUCGGAGAAGAGUGUGAGAAAUUUAUCUACGAGGUUUUCAAGGAAAAGAUUGAGAUGCCAAUUGAAAAGGCAAAGGAGACAUUGGUUAGGCUAGGACUUGUGACAGCAACACCUAUUACUGCUAUUAGAGGAGAAGAAUAUGAAGUGUUAGAGGCAGUUCCCUGCUCUAAGGCUGCUCAGAUUCUUGGACAAAAAUGGAAUUGCCUGCUUUCUUGA